AUGCUUGAGGAAGCAAGCACACACGAGACGCCAGCUAUACCCAGCGUCCUCAGUACUUGCCAUUCGCGGACAGCUCGAUGCCCACAAGCCACAGCACGACGUCCGUACGAAGCAGCUGCGCGAAGUCGCAUCAAACACGCUACUGUGCUCCUACGCUUGGGCCCUUUCACCGCUGGCAUCAUCUUUGUCUAUAUCAUCUCUCGCCAGCAUGACGCACAGCGGUGCCGCCAGCGCAAGACCCGUCUGUCUAUACCCCGUAGAUCCGGCCCCCAAUGCGCAGAACCGCCACAAGCCCGCCGCGCCGUCGUCCACAACCGAAAAGCGGACACAGCGACCCUGAAUCCCUCGCACCAACGCGACACAUUCCUCAAUCCCCCCAAUCCCUCGCCAACAAUUACCCCCGGGCCUCGAUGUUUCGCCGACGCCGAGCGUCGCUGUCCCAGCGAGAUCCGAUCGCAGAGCGCCAGGGGCCCCACGCAGUGCGCACGACGUAGACCGAUACGGCAACAGCACAGCAGUGCGCACGGACGGAGCCUGAAACCAGCGCCGCCGUGGAAAUCCACGUGCGGAUCGCGUGGCCUCGCGGCUGAGGCAGCCUCACCUCAGCCUCGCUGUUGGGUCGUGUUGUCGCGACGGAACGAGCGAGCGAGGAUGACGAUGACGGCACCGGCCGUGGGUGGGAGGGGUCGCUGGUUGGGCCUGGCGGUAGAUGGGGUAAGUGGGAGUCCAAUACGGAGUAGGGAUCACGGGAUGGAUGUCGCUGGUUGGUUAAGCCUGACGGUGAAAGGGACUCGCAAAACAGUCGUAAACUACUGUAUGCCACAUGCACGCUUGGUCCACAUCCCGCCAGCUUCUCUUCGUCCGUAG